ACACGUUAGCAACCCACAAAGAAUCUCUUUUUAAAAAAUUAAUCCACUCCACGCCGCCCUACAAAAUGCACAAGUUCAAAGUCGCCGUGCACCGCGCUCCGCCCAAUUGCCACCAUCGUAAUUCGUAGGCACUUGGAGUUUCACGACACCUCAUGGAUAAUAGUGACGGUGCCGCGUCCGCCGCCGGCGAUGCUAGUCCAUCCGCUUUUACACAAUUAACCUCAUCUGCUUCCCGUUCGUUCCAACACUUCUUGGACAAAACAACACCGUAUUUACUUUACCGUUGGAUCGCCUUCUUCUUCAUCGCUGUGCUGUAUGUUGUACGAGUAUAUGUGGUGGAAGGGUUCUACGUCAUCUCCUAUGCCCUCGGUAUCUAUAUCCUUAACCUCCUCAUCGGCUUUCUCUCGCCGCAGGUUGACCCGGAAUUCCAGGAUUUAUCCGAUGGCCCGACUCUGCCGACCCGAGAAACUGACGAAUUCCGCCCUUUUGUUCGUCGCCUCCCUGAAUUCAAAUUCUGGUACUCAAUCACCAAGGCUUUCUGCAUUGCAUUUGUGUUAACAUUUUUCAGUGUAUUGGAUGUGCCUGUCUUUUGGCCGAUCCUCCUUUUCUACUGGGUUGUGCUGUUCACACUUACAAUGAGAAGACAAAUACGACACAUGUUGAAAUAUAAAUAUCUGCCAUUCUCUUUUGGGAAACAGAACUGUGUUUCAUCCCAAUUUCCUCCACCCUUUCAGCGGUAUGAUGGAAAGGAAACAGCUUCAUCGGAAAGUGAAGAUCUUCUCCCGUAGACUGAAAUGUGCAGGUCUACGGCAGCUGUUUAUUCUAUGAAAUUUACAUCAUGCAGCUGUAAAUUGUCUUUCUUUUCUGCUUCAAUAGCCAUAGAUUUUCUAGGAUGCUACUGGACCUGGAAGAAACUGUCAGGAGAAUUAGUAUCAACGUUUGUUGUUGUUGUUAAUGUUAUGAUGGUUACAUCUUUGUCUCUCGGGGCAUAUUUCGUAGUGUAAUGAUAUCUUAGUUUACCA